UCAUUUUCCAUCUGGCAACACUGACAUGUGUCACUCGGUGUAGGUCAAGUGAUGUUCAUUAAGCUUCAAACUCCACGCCAGGCCCUCAUUUUCCAACUUCGGCCGUGGAAUAUACAUUUUUAAACCGCGUUAGAAACAUUUGUAUGCUUUUAUACUUCUUUGCUAGGUGUUUUCCCCGUUCUUUUUGCGGUACCAACAAGCUAGCUUAAAAUACAAAAAAAAAAACGCGUGGCAGAAAAUGCGUUCAAAAAUGGAUUCAAGUGGACUUUUGAAGUUUUAACGCAAGCUAAGUGAAGAUGGAUCAUAUUUAAUGUCACUUGCUGUCGACAGAUGUUACAACGUGACUGGGCCGGCAGCUGUUUGAAUGGAGAAAAAGCGGACAUGACGAGAGGUUGUCUUCACUCAGGUCCGCACGACCUGGAGGGGGCGUGCCUUAAGUCCGGCUGAAAUCGGGAGAAAUUCGGGAGAAUGGUGGUCCCGGGAGAUUUUCGGGAGAGGCACUGAAAUUCGGGAGGGUUGGCAAGUGGAGUCCGCCCAUAAAGGUGGUGUCUUUCUCAGCGCGCUUGCUCCACACGUAGACUUCGAUAGGAUUAUACGCAGCUCUUCAAAUUCAGACAACAACGACGACAAUAGCUUCCUUGGACAACAUAACAUGGAUUUUCACCCAUUGUUUGUGUUUCAUGGCUUCUCCACUGAGCUAACCCUGGAGCGUACGGCGGAGGCAACCAAGGUGGGGAAAAAUAAGUCAUCGGUGGCCUGCGCGGUGCAGAAAGGCGAGGAGGUGAAAGAGGAAGCCCGGGCACGCAUCCGCCAGUCUGGAGGAGACCCCGGAUGCGCCAAGCUGGUGCUCAGUGAGAGCAAGCUCCAGUUUGGGCAGUACCGGGGUCAAACCUUCAAGUGGCUGCUGGGGAAUGACGUGGGGUACGCCUGCAGCAUCGUGGUGUUGCACCAGAAGGAGCGUGACAGCGGAUACACUUCCCAGUCACCCCUCGCGGUCAACAAGACCGCACUGGCAUCAUACGCGCGACUCUUUCCGGACAUGGUCGCCGCCUUGCGCUCUCAAGCCGCGCUCAUGGGGGAGAUGCCCGUCAGGGAGCUGGAUGGCAGAGCAGUGGGUUUUGGGGCUCAUGCCAAAAGGACAUACUCCGCUCUGUACGAAUCCCCCUACGGCGACGAUCAAUCCUACUUGCAAUGGCUACGAGGCAAGCGGACCAAACCGGGUUCCACGAUGCACGCCUUCCAGCGUUAUGUGUUGAAGCGUGACAAGGAUGCGCAAACGCAGACCGCGCCCGGACCCGACGCCUCAGGUAAAUGCUCUCCCCAGGUUUGCUUGACUUUUACAGGUGAAGAGGAGCCCACUGAUGCCAUGCUCCUGGAGCCCACUGAUGCCACCACUGAUGCCAUGCUCUUGGAGCCCACUGAUGCCAUGCUCCUUGAAGCGGCCAUGGAGGCGGAAUCUCAGCCUUCUACCUCGCAGACGCCGAUGAGGACGCCGCUGGAAGCAGGCCCUUCCCGCCUUACAGCUCCCAUCGCCGGAGACGGUGCUGCGUCGCCCCUGACUUCAGGCGCCGAGUUGCUGCCCAAGUCCUGGCGACAGACGCUGCCGGAGGACCAGCACGACUGGGUGGGCCGUGCGCUUUUUGUCCGAGGUCCCAACGGGAAAGCGGUUCUCAAGUCCGGGCUGCAGCUAUGGUGGCAACCUCCUAAGAAGUUGCCGUAUUACACGCAGCCCCCUGCCUCGUCCACUGUGUUUUUUCACUCCCGCUUUUUCCUGUGGUGCCCGUACAAGCUUUGGGGCUGUAAGCUCGAGUGCCCAAAAUGCAGGCGCAAGCUGACAGGUUGUGGACUGUACAAGACCCUGAGAAGGGUCCUGGACCUCAGUGACUGGUACUACAUGGAGUGCCACAAGAAGUAUGCCGCGUGGGCCAGCAACAUCAUCGGACAGCUGAGCACGGCAAACCAGGCAGAGUUCCCGGCCAUCCUCACCUACAAGUCAUCUUGUGACAAGAAGGUCAUCUGGCAGAUGCAGGCUCGCACGCUGGGCAACAGUGCCACUCGUCUUCGCUCCAACUUAAUAAUGGAGCACUCGCGAGAGUGGCAGACUCGGGCCAUCGGCUACCUGGAGGUGAUGGAUCGCUUUUGCGCUGUCAGCUCCUCCUUGCUGCCGGGGGCCUGUAUCCCGCCCAUGCGCCCGCUACCGAGCGUUUCCUGGCUGCUGUCAGUGUACGUGAGGGAGGUUCUUCCUCGCAUGGAGCACACGAAGGCCAGGAUCACAUCUAUAUUCGGAAGUAUCCUGAAAAUGGACUCCACCAAGAAGAUGACCAAGAAGCUUGCAGGUGAAGCCGCGGGAAUGGCUGCCUGGGUCACCAACGUCGGCAACGAGCUUGGCCAGGUGCUCAUGUCGGUGGUGACGGCGGCAGAGGGGGACGGUCUGCUGGCCAUGGCCCGGGGACUCAUGCGCCGCUACCGGGAGGCCGGGCGAGACCCUCCUCUCGUGAACUACGUGGAUCGUGACUGCUGCUCCGCCGCCGGACAGCCUAAGGUGGCGGCUACGUUCGGCGAGUGGGACCGGCUGGUGGUGCGCCUGGACGUGUGGCACCUCAUGCGCCGCUUUUCCAGCGGCGUUACCACAGAGGCCCACACGCUCUAUGGCGAAUUCAUGAAUAGACUCUCGUUUGCCAUGUUUGAGUGGGACGAGGGGGACGUGAGGCGUCUGAGUGAGGCUAAGCGGGCAGAGCAUGGCGGGAACGCCCACGUCCAGCCGUCGGCCAAGGAGCUGCACCGUCACUGCCGCCGGCGCACCAGAGGAGCGGAGGAGACCAAGCGUCUUGUCCAGGAGGUGCUGGAUCACCUGUGGGAUGCCAAAGACACAAUGGGCGUCAAGCUGUUUGACCAGGACAGAAUGAAGGAGAUCUGGAGCACUCAGCAACGCCACUUGGGCUGCAUCCAGGACCCGCCUGGCGUGGCGCUUUAUACCAGAACUUCCACAGUGACCAGAGGAGGGGUGGCUCUUCCCGUCUUCCGCUGUGCACGGGGCUCCACCUCUCUGGAGAGCUUCCAUCUGCACUUGUGCCGUUUCAUUCCAGGUACGUCGGCCGACGCCCUCCAUUUCCAGGUUUACCUCCUGGAGGGUCUGUGUAGGUGGAACGAGGACCGAGGAAAAGCGGCGGUGAAAGGGACCGAUGCUGUCACGGUGCAGUGCUAUGACGCCAGUCUGCAAGACGCCCUCGCGCGGCUGACACAGCGGCUCAUGGGUGUCACGCUGGUUGACAAUUACACCCCAGGCGAGCAAGUACACAGGAGAGCUCAUUGGCAUCCAGUACCUGUAUGCCCAGACUGGCGCCGUGCUGCAGUCCCACGCCGUGGAUGAUCCGGACCAGCCUGAUGACUCAGCUGACCUGGGAGACGAGCAGGAGGACGAAGACCAACUCGAGGAUGAUGAGGG